CAAAAUCAAAGGACGGCUGGAUGGACCCAUCGGAUAUAAAAGCCGUCGUAUUUGAAAUACAUCUUUCAAUUGAACUAUAUCAUUCAUAAAUAAAAGUAUCAAAACAAGAUGAAGUUCGCCACCAUCGCCACUAUUGCCGCCGUUGCUGUUGCCGUCAGCGCCCACUCUUACGAUCAGGAGAUCACUUGUGGCAUUAAGGGAUUCACUGGAAAAUCAUACGACGAGUCCAAGGUGUGCUGUGAGUAUUCCGGCAACUGUGGAAAAUUGUCCAAGUGCACUGAGAGUUUCUGCAAAGCCUCUGGCAACUCUGGCAGCAGCAAAAACGAGUACAAGAUCACCUGUGCCGAGAAACGUGAGCGUAACCCUGAUGCCUUGAAGGGUCCCAUCCACAAGAAUAGGGAGUGCUGCCAGUGGUCUGGUGAGUGCGGCGACUUGAAGAAGUGUACUCAGUCAUACUGUGAGAAGGAUGCCCAGUCAUCUGAUGUUUACAAGCGAUCCGACUUCCAGUUUUAAUUUGUUCAUAACCUUAGAAUUGGCGUAAAUUGCAGUUGAACUGCACUUCGAUACAUAUGUGUGAUAUAAAGGAAGUCUUACGGCUACUGUUAGUAAUAAAACAAAGCUACUUUUUGCAAGCAUGAUUCAUUGGACA